AUGGUUGGAAUUGGUCCCCGGCGCCGGCCCUCCCGUAAGGGUUCUAUGACCGAUAUCCCCAAGAAUCUGUUGGACCAGAUCAAGGAGUUUGAAGAUGUCUUUACCGUCGACCGCCAGAAGCUCAAGGAGGUCGUGGCUCACUUUAUCAAGGAGCUGGAGAAAGGUUUGAGUGUCGAAGGAGGCAACAUUCCGAUGAACGUGACUUGGGUCUUUGGAUUCCCCAACGGUGACGAACAGGGCACCUUCCUUGCCCUUGACAUGGGCGGUACCAACCUGCGUGUGUGUGAAAUCGAGUUGACCGAGGAGCGCGGAGAGUUUGACAUCACGCAAUCGAAAUACCGUAUCCCGGAAGAGCUGAAAACGGGCACCGCCGAGGAACUGUGGGAAUAUAUUGCCGACUGCCUGCAGCAAUUCAUCGAGUAUCACCACGAAAAUGAAGAGCUCUCCAACCUCCCUCUGGGCUUUACCUUUUCUUAUCCCGCCACCCAGGAAUACAUUGACCAUGGUGUGCUGCAACGAUGGACCAAGGGUUUCGACAUUGAAGGCGUCGAAGGCAAAGAUGUCGUUCCACCGUUCGAGGAGGUUUUGAGAAAGAGGGGCCUCCCCAUCAAAACCACCGCACUGAUCAACGAUACCACCGGAACCCUGAUUGCCUCUGCCUACACCGACUCCGAUAUGAAGAUUGGAUGUAUCUUCGGCACCGGCGUCAAUGCCGCGUACAUGGAAGAUGCCGGGUCUAUCCCCAAGAUUGCGCACCUUAACCUGCCACCUGAUACUCCCAUUGCCAUCAACUGUGAAUACGGCGCCUUUGACAACGAGCACGUGGUUCUCCCACGCACAAAGUACGAUAUCGUCAUUGACCGGGACUCGCCUCGGCCGGGUCAACAGGCUUUCGAGAAGAUGACCGCCGGCUUGUACCUGGGUGAAAUUUAUCGAUUGGCCCUUUUGGACGUCAUUGAGACCAAGCCUGGGCUCAUUUGCGAAAAACAAGACGUUUCUAAACUGCGGAAGCCUUACUCACUCGACGCCUCCUUCCUGUCUGCUAUCGAAGAGGACCCCUUUGAGAACUUGCAAGAGACCCAGGAACUCUUUGAGCGCGUUCUUAACCUCAAGCUGGUCAAGUCUGAGCUCGAAAUGUGCCGUCGACUAGCCGAGCUCAUUGGCACGCGGGCAGCUCGCCUGUCUGCGUGCGGUGUCGCUGCAAUUUGCACAAAGAAGAAUAUUGAGCGAUGCCACGUUGGUGCGGACGGCUCAGUGUUUACCAAAUACCCACACUUCAAGGCCCGUGGCGCCCAGGCCCUGCGCGAGAUCCUUGACUGGCCGGACAACGAAAAGGACAAGGUUGUGAUCAUGCCUGCCGAAGAUGGAUCUGGCGUGGGAGCGGCCUUGAUUGCCGCCCUGACGCUGAAGCGCGUCAAGGAGGGCAAUGUCGCAGGUAUCCGGGACAAGAACUCGAUGUUGAAGUUGAUCUGA